AUGUCUCCUGAUACUUCCGAGGAAUUUUCGGGGCUCAUCAAAUUAAAGUCGUCAUCAAAGCUUAUCCUGGACGACCCGGAGCGCGUUGAGAAAGUGCUUGACAGAGGAGAAGCAUUUAGGUUGAAGAGGCAAAGACAACGGCAAGCGGUUCCUCGGGCGAACGGGUCUAACGGGCAGAUGAAUGAGGACUCCGAUGAUGAAGAUAUAGUCGAACAACUUGGCCUGCAGCUUGACGAGGCGAAGACCUCGAAUGCCCUAGAGCCAGAGAAGCGAUUCAUACCGCAACCUCAGUUCGACAGAAUCCUGACUUUCGAUUCGGUUUGUAGGAUUGUGUCUACUCUCCGAUGUUUCAGAAAGGAGCGGAAUAAGACGGAGCUUGCCAAGCAAAUAUGCUACGGAAAUUCGGAUGGAUCGAACGGUCCUGCCGUGAAACUAUUGGCGGUCCUAGUGGGUAUUGAAAAGGUGGAGGACUUCGCCAAACACUUCAAGGAUGGAGUCAGAGAUAGCUGCUUGCCGCUUCAGCCAACCGGCGCCAGCAAAGACCAAUUCCUCAAGUGUCGAAAACACGGAAUGCACGGCACUAUCAACAGUUAUCUUCGUCCAAAUAUUCGCGAACGCUUUUCGCAGUGGUCUCAUACAUUGAACGCGCCGUUCAUCAAAUGGGAGCCGUCGUUGCAUUCGCAUUACGUUUUGGAAACCGGAGACAUCAUUCCUGUGGAGAUCAUCGAACAAGUCACACAAGAUGACAGCUCAGAGACCACGCAAAAGGAUGCUUCUUCUGGUGGAGCUAAUACAUACGGAGGUUUUAGCGAAGUCUAUAAAGUCAAGAUCCACGAUGGUCAUUGGGACUUUGGGGACCAUGGAAUCCGACACCCUCAAGAGUUCUUUGCCUUGAAAAAGCUUACGUCGCACAAGCGAAACAGUUUCGACUUGGAGCUGUCUUCCCUGUUAUUCACGGGACAGAACUAUAAGAAGAAGCAUCUGAUCCAGUUGUUAGCAACAUUCGAGGUCGUGAACCCCGCUGCUGGAGGACUUACAACCUACUACCUUUUGUUCGACUGGGCUGAGGGCGAUCUGAGCAAGUUCUGGCAAAGCAACGAAGGUCUCGUCGGGAAGAAAAGUCAUUGUAUUUGGAUGGCUGAGCAGUUUCAUGAGAUCUCCGAAGCUCUACAGUGUGUUCACAACGAUCGAGCCCCGACCAUGCGGUAUCUGGAAGAUCGCGACUCAAAUGAAGACCUUUAUGGGAGACACGGUGAUAUUAAACCAGGAAACUUUCUUUGGUUUCACUCCAGUAGCUUCCCGGGCCUCUUGGCAUUAUCGGACUUCGGCCUGGGAAGGCUGCAUACCCAAGUAUCCCGGUCCAAGCAAGACCCAAAGAACAUUGAAAGAUCAGCAUCCUAUCGUUGCCCUGAGUUCGACCUACCUUUUGGCCAAGUUUCCCCCAGAUCCGACAUCUUCAGUCUUGGCUGCGUCUUGUUGGAGUACGUCACCUGGUUCUUUCUUGGAUUCGACGCUGUCGAAAACGUCUUCCCAGGUAAAAGACUAUCGAACGAUAUCUACGGUUUCGAGUCCGAUAUCUUCUUCUCGGUUAAGGAUAAACGGGCGCACAUCAAGCCAUCAGUUUUGUCCUGGAUUCACGAGCUGCAACACCGCCCCGACUGUUCAUGGUAUCUCUGGGACCUGUUGGAAUUGAUCAAGAACGGGAUGCUCGAGCCCAAUUCAGAUAAUCGCAUACGUGCCAACCAACUCACAAAGAGAAUGCAAGAGUUACUGAAGGCUUGCCAGGCUGAAGAGGACUACUAUCUUAAGUCACGAUGGCUGAAGUAA